UUUAUCCGGUCAGAUCCCAAACCCUCGCCUCCUCCUAUAAGUAUUUGCCAAACCGGACCGAAUCCCUUUCUCACGCUCUUUGGGUUCUCCCGUUCUCCAGCGAGCGAACAACCGCGAGGCGAAAAGCCAAGCGGAGGGAGGCGAUUCGAUUCCGUCCGGAUCCGCCGGUCAGAUGGCGUCGGCAUCCGAAAUCAUCCUGCCGAUCGGCACGCAGAAGCACGACCCGGCGUGGAAGCAUUGCCUCAUGGUACGGUCGGCCGGACGGACCAAACUCAAGUGCGUGUACUGCUUGAAGUUGUUCCUCGGAGGGGGCAUCCAUCGCAUCAAGGAGCACCUCGCCCGGCAUAAGGGAAACGCCUCCUGCUGCCCCAAGGUGCCUAUGGAGGUGCAGGUUGCCAUGCAGCAGAGCCUGGAUGGCUCCGCGGCGAGGAGGAAGAAAAAGCUUAAGUACUCGGAGGAGGCGACGAAUGCUCAAACAGCGGUGCCGAUGCAACUGGAAGGGAGUGAGGUAGGUUCCGGGAUUCAGAUGAUGCAAAUCCAGGAUGUGAUUGACAUGGGCACAGUCCCGGUGGAGGUGAGAGAUGAGGGAGUUGUAUCUAAACCUCCUGAAAAAGUACGGAAAAAGAGAUCAAGGCUAGCUUCGCCUCUUCAAAACACUCUUUUCCAGCAACAGACUCCUUCCCUGGUUGCAGACGCCGGAAAAUCUACCAUUGGAGGCACCGUCACUAGGGACCAGGUUUGCAUGGCUAUUGGGAGGUUCCUAUUUGAGGCUGGGGUGCCGUUGGAAGCUGUCAAUUCGCCGCAUUUCCAAUCAAUGGUAGACGCACUCACAUUGGCUGGACCCGGGGUGGGAGCAUUCUCUUAUCACGACUUUCGCGGCUGGAUAUUGAGGAGAUCAGUCGAAGAGAUGAAUAAUACAUUGGAGCAAUGCAGGGCGGCAUGGAGUCGCACUGGGUGCUCGGUGUUGGCAGAUGAAUGGACUACGGUAACUGGUAAGACUUUGAUAAACUUUUUAGUCUACUGUCCCGAAGGAACAAUGUUCCUCAAAUCUAUUGAUGCUUCACACAUUGUGUCAUCUGCGGAUACUCUGUAUGAACUACUUAAGCAUGUUGUAGAAGAAGUUGGUGAGAGAAAUGUUGUUCAGGUGAUGACAAAUUAUACUGAGACCCAUGUUGCUGCUGGGAAUAAGUUGACUGAGACUUUUCCUACCUUGUUUUGGACAUCGUGUUCUUCUCAAUGCAUUGAGGCAAUCCUAGAGGAUAUCAGUAAGUUGGGAGUGAUAAGUGAGGUCAUUGAGAAUGCUAAAGCCAUCACAGGAUUUAUGUACUCUCAUGUAGCAAUACUGAAUAUUAUGAGGAAUCACACAAACGGGAAAGAUUUGAUACUUCCUUGUGACAGUUGCUCAGCGAUGGCCUUUAUCACAUUAAGGAAUAUGAUUAGCUUAAAGGAGAACCUGAGAGCAAUGGUUACUUCUGUAGAGUGGCUUGAUUCACCAUUUUCUAGAAAGCCUGCAGGAGUUCUAAUUGCUGACCUUAUUUGUAGCUUGCCAUUUUGGUCUUCUUGUGUAGCAAUUGUUCGAAUAACAGAACCACUGUUGCGGGUUCUUAAAUUAGUCGAGAACAAUAAGAAACCAGCCAUGGGAUACAUUCAUCUUGCUAUUUAUCAAAUCAAACAAGCAAUAAAAAAAGAGCUUGUUAAGAAGGCAGAUUACAUGACAUAUUGGGAAAUUAUAGACUGGAGAUGGAAUAGACAACUGCCUUGUCCUCUUUAUGCAGCCGCCUUCUUCUUGAAUCCUCGCUUCUUCUUCAGCAUUCAAGGAGAUGUAUCCAAUGAGAUAUCAUCUGGAAUGCUUGAUUGCAUAGAAAGACUUGUGCCUGAUGCAAAUACCCAAGACAAGGUCCAAAAGGAGCUCAGUCUAUAUAAAAGUUCGUCAGGGGACUUUGGAAGAAAAAUGGCUAUUAGAGCAAGAAACACUUUACUUCCUGCUGAGUGGUGGUCAACUUAUGGAGGUGCUUGUCCAAACUUAAUGCGUCUUGCCAUUCACAUACUCAGUCAAACUUGCAGUUUGAGGGGAUCUGAACAAGUUCACCUUCCUUUCGAACAAAUUCAUAACCACAGAAUGAACUAUUUAGAACACCAACGUCUUUGUGACCUCAUCUUCGUGCAUUAUAACUUGCGACUACAGCGAAGGCAAGUUUUUAGGCUCAAACAAUUUGAUCCUAUUUCUGUAGAUAAUAUUGAUGUUGUGGGAGACUGGGUUGUUGAAAAAAAUGAUUUGUUCUCUGUUGAUAACGAGCCUUUGAAUUGGAUGUCACUGAACCAACCAGCAGAAGCUCAAAUGCAAUGGGUAAAUCUAGAUGACGAAGAAAUUGAAGCUUUUCUUGCGGGCAUUGAUGAUGAGAUGAUCCAAGGUGCUGGUAAGAAUGUCGAAGAUGAUGGUGAUGUAAAAGAGGAGGUUCAUGCAGAUGUUUCUUUUACAUGAAUGGAAAUUUCUUAUCAGGGAAAGGUAGGUUCGAAAGGGAAGCUCUCAGCCUCUUUGAAGCUGGUAUAAAUGGGUGGUUGUUGACUACAGUCGUAAACAACUUGCUUGUGACUGCCGACCUGAACAUGUUUGUGUAGCUCUGUAGAUAAUUCCAUUUGCAAGGGAACUGUUGACAUGACAAAUCUAGAUGUAGGCUGCUCUUUCUUGGUUAAUUGUGGGUAUUCAAAAUCUCCAUUGUAGGGCUCCUUUCCCCCCAUACAGGUCAGCCUUUUGAAUAAGUAUUGCUUGAUAGAUCGGUGUUAUUAGCUUCUUUUCAAUUUCUAACCCAAAUAGUAUCUUUUAAUUUGCUAUAAA